AUGGAAGUUGGGCAAAUUAAAAAUGAAAUACCAGAAAAUGAAGAAUGUUACAAUAAUAUUGAUAGUGAUUGUGUUAUUAAUGUUAAAGUUGAAUCUGUUGAUGAAAAUGAUAAACAAGUGUGUACAAUUAGUUAUGAAAAUGUUAAACGUGAAAAUGACUUACAUACAGAACUUAUUAUUAAAGAUGAAAAAUUAGAUAAAACUGUUUUAGGAGAACAAUCAUUUUCAUGUGAUAUUUGUAAAAAAACAUAUGCUUUACAAAGUUCUUUAGUUCGACAUCAACGAAUUCAUAGUGGUGAAAAACCGUUUUCAUGUGAUAUUUGUAAUAAAACAUUUACCCAGCAAUUUACUUUAAGUGCACACAAACGUAUUCAUAGCGGAGAAAAUUUAUUUUCAUGUGAUAUUUCAUGA